AUGGACGUGGAGGUCACCAGACGCGACCUGUUGGAUGACGAUGAUGACCUCUGCGAGUCGUCGCCCAGUCCGGUGACGACGGGUAGCCGGGUUGUACCGGAUGACGGAUCGAACAACUUGGACUUGGACUGGCUAUUGCAAAGUAACAAGCCGGUACAGAGUGAGAUGGUGCUGGAGAUUCCCUCAGGAGAUGUAGGAAACCCUGUCUCGCCCAGCAGUGCUUCCCCCAUGGGGGGCGCUUCCUCCAGAGGCGGCGGGUCCUCCGGAAGUGGAAUGCUUCAUGACGGUUUUGAAGAGGCGACGGAUAAAGAGACUGAUCGGUUCGGCGAAAUUCCCCGGCUGAAGGAUUACCCGGAGUCGCAGACGUACCGCGCGACUCCGGCAAUGGCCUCUUGCAGUCUGGAGGCACAGGAGAAGGUGUCCAUUUUCAUUUUACACAACGGCGAAUGUUCAGUGGUGAGUUGGUUCGGUGACACGGCGCCGCAAGAUGUGCAACAGGCGGUGUUGUGCGCCUGUGAUUGCAUGCUUGAUUCGGGCAUCGAGUUGCUCGAGUUGCGGAGACUUCGUGACGACCAGCAAUUGAAAGAGUUGCGAGAAAAAGGUGAGGCCCGGCUUGGUGGUCAACUACUUCACGUGCAGUAUGGUCCCGAAAUGAGCUGGUACCUUCGUGGCCGUCGACUCGAAUUUGAGGACUUCGGUCACAGCCUCGUCAACGGACAGCUCUACCUACUGCAACCGGCACGACAACGAGACGAACUCUCCGUCAUUACCGGACACCGCUACCGACGACUCCUGGUGGAAAUCCCACCACUCCGACAUGUAGAGGCGACACGAGCUCCGACACUGCCGGAAGUGUUCAAGCCCUUGGCUUUCGGCGUUGUAACAAAGAAAGGACAAGAGCAACUCUGCGCCAAAAGUAAGCACUACGGGCAUCUUACUCACUCGUGCCAGAAACUGACUGGUUACCAAGGGGGGCCGGGUUUGGACUGUGGUCUUGUAGACGAGAAUGAAUUUGACGUGUGGGUGACGGGAUUGAAGGCGUUGGCUGCGCACUUGAAAGGCAUGCGGAUGAACAAGAUGCAGUUGUUGAGUCACAGUCGUCGGUUUCGGACGAUGGUGGAGCGUAAUGACUUCCAGAGCCGGCCAGACGCGUUACCGCCGGUCACGACCGCGGACCUGGCGAUGAUUGUUCCUCAGGACCUGGUCACCCGGGCUGCGGCAGUGCAGCGGUACAACUCGCUUUCGCAGAUGCUGGAGGCGAUGGAGGGGAAAGUGGAAGAAAUCGACUAUCCCGCACUUGCUACGCGUGGUGCGGGCCAGACCGAUCGUUCUGCGGAGAGCGCCACACAGAGUGGCUCGGCGUCGCCAGGGUUUGCGGAUGAGUUGUCGCGGCUGUUCGAAGAGGAGAAUGAUUUCCAGAUGGAGUACAAACAAAUGAAGCACCUUCUGGUGACCACGCGGACGCUGCUGCAAGAAGUCAAACACGACCUGGACGCGCAACUGCAGCGUGGCGAAGUUACAGAAAACGUGAAUGGAGAACCCGUGAUUAAAGUCUGGGCGCGGAAACUGUGGAUCGCCAACGUCGACAUUGAAAACAUACGAGAUAUGUACUAUCGGCUAACGAAUGACUCUCCGCCUAUAAGUUUGCAUAAGGCAAUUUCGGACAUCCAGAAACAGCUGGAGGAUGGCAAGGAUAAACUGAGCAAGACGUGGCAGCAGCUGUUGGUGGGAGCCUCCUCGGUGGUCACGCCGGCGGUCCAGAAGCUCAAGCAGAUGGCAGAGGCCGCAGCCCAAGAACAAGAGCGAGCCACGACACCUCAGAUGGCGAAGCAACCAAGAAACUCCUUUCAAGAAGGAUCCCCUCAGGAAGGCUCCCCUCAAGGAGGAAAUCCACCUAAAAGAGGGAAUUCACCUCAAAGAGGGGAUUUACCUCAAAAAGGGGAUUCACCUCAAAGAGGGGAUUCAGUUCAAGGAAGAGGAGACCCGUUUCGAGCAGGGGGUGUCAUCGCAGAGACGUACAUAACAGACGGGCAGAACAUUGAACACUCGGGGAACGAACACGCAUUGGAAGAACCGCCUGCCCCGUCACCCGUUCCACUAGAUAUCAUUACAUCUUAG